AUGGAGCCCAACCCCAGCUCCAAAGACAUCAUCAACCCUAAAACCAGAAAUGAACGGCCCACUCGACGAAUAACCCCUCUUCCCCCAGGAACCCCCCACCCGCAAGUUACCCUCGCCCAAACCCACGACGUCCUCUCCCUCCUCCUCCUCUUCCGCUUCCUCAACGCCCUCCUCACCCGCACCUUCUUCCAACCGGACGAAUACUUCCAGUCCCUGGAACCCGCCUGGCAUCUCGCCUUCUCCGACUCUUCGGCUUGGCUAACCUGGGAAUGGACAUACCAACUCCGCUCCUCCUUAUACCCGGCCCUCAUCGCGGCGUUUUAUCGAGGAGUGGACGGGCUGGGCAUGGAUUUGUACGGGAGGGGGAGUAACGCGCCGUGGGCGGCGCUGUGGUUGAGUGUGGUGAGCCCGUGGGGCUGGUACGUGUCGACAAGGACGUUUAGCAAUUCGAUGGAGAUGGGAUUGACUGUGGCGGGGGUGUCGUAUUGGCCUUGGGAGAUGCUCAAGGGUGAGGGGGAUAGGGAUGGGGAUGGGGAUGGGGAUGGGGAGUUGCUAUUGGUCGGAGAGAGGGUAAAGAGUUUGAGGAUUUCGCUUGUGUUGGCGGCGUUGGCAGUUGUGUUGAGGCCGACGAAUAUCCUGGUUUGGGUUGUUAUCCUUGGGAUGACGCUCGCAAGGCUUGUGAGGUCGCGACGGGAGGUCCCGGUCUCAACGCUGGUUGUUCUGUUCAGGGAGAUUCUCCUUUGCGGUGGCGCUGUUCUCGCUCUCUCGGUGCUCUCUGACAGGCUGUAUUUCGGCUUCUGGACGUUUCCGCCGUAUAAGUGGCUGUACUUCAACAUCUCGCAGUCGCUGGCCGUCUUCUACGGGCACAUGCCGUGGCACUACUACCUCAGCCAGGGCAUCCCGCUCCUCAUGACAACCUUUCUCCCGCUCGCCCUGGUCGGAGUCGUGAAGGCUCUCUUCCCUCCCGAUAAUAGCUGUAAAUCAGCUGUUCUCAAGACGCUAGCGACAACGGUUGUCGUAGUCGUAGCCAUCAUGUCCCUGAUCUCUCACAAAGAAGUCCGCUUCAUCUACCCCCUGCUCCCCAUACUGCACAUCCUCUCCGCUCCCUACGUCGCAGCAUUCUUCACCACCCCCGAGUCAAACUCCUCCACAUCCAAUGGACCUGUUGUUCUCCGCCGCAAACUCACACUUGCCAACCUCCUUACUAUCAACUUUUUACUCGGAACCUACCUCAGUGUCUUCCACCAAGCCGCCCCUCUGUCGGUCCUGCAAUUUCUGCGCGCUGAUUUCGAGAGGAUUCAUCCCGAGUCGCUUUGGCUGGGGACGGAUCUGCUCUCUCCCGAGACGCCCCUCAGCCUGGAAGAAGGACAUGAGUUGUUUGCUCUAUUUCUCACUCCCUGCCAUAGCACCCCAUGGCGCUCACAUUUAGUUUAUCCCGCCCUCCGGGCGAGGGCACUUACCUGCGAGCCGCCGUUGCAUACCAAACCGGGGAGCGUGGAGAGGGAGACGUAUUUGGACGAGGCAGAUCGGUUUUAUUUGAGGGAUCCGAAGAGGAAUAACUCCUACGGGUUAACAUUCCUCGCUAACGAGCUUUUUCCCUUGGCGCAAGACGGGAGUGGGAAACGCGACGGGGAGAUGCCAAGGCCUGCAAAGAGUCCAUUGUUUUUUUCAAAUUCCUCAUCGCCUGCCUCUUCCACCACCACCACCACCACCACCAACAACAACAACAACAACAACAACAACGGCGAUGACGACGACGACGACGACGACGACGACGACGACGACGACGACGACGACGCAACUUCUGUUAACAUUAUAUAG